GCUGGGUGGCGCCGAUUUCCCGGGAAGGUCCUUCCUGGGCCCCCGGCGGAGGCGGGGGAGAGGCGGGCAGGAGCGGAGCGAGGCCCGGGAGCCCUCUGCGUCAGCUGCUGCUCGCUGCGCCGCGCCAGGACCCGCCAGGACUCACCCGCAGCUCCAUGCUUGUGCCCGGUUCGACUCGUCCAUCCUCCGAGAAGAGGCAGCCCAUGAGGCUCCCAGUUCCCACUGAGUACCGCCCUGAAGGAUGUCCCAGCUCUCCUCCACCCUGAAGCGCUACACAGAUUCAACCCGCUACACAGAUGCCCCUUUUGCCAAAUCGGGCUAUGGUACCUACUCCCCCUCCUCCUACGGGGCCAACCUGGCCACCUCCUUCCUGGAGAAGGAGAAACUUGGUUUCAAGCAGGGUACCCCCAGCAGCUUCCUUCCCCGGCCACGCACCUAUGGCCCCUCCUCCAUCCUGGACUAUGAUCGAGGCCGCCCCUUGCUGAGACCUGACAUCAUUGGAAGCAGUAAGCGGGCAGAGAGCCAGACCCGGGGCUCUGAGCGGCCUUCAGGCAGUGGACUCAGUGGGGGCAGCGGAUUCCCUUAUGGAGUGACCAGCAACUCCUUUAGCUACCUGCCCAUGAAUGCCCGUGACCAAGGAGUGACUCUGAACCAGAAGAAAUCCAACAGCCAAUCCGACCUGGCCCGGGAUUUCUCCAGCCUUCGGACCUCAGAUAGCUACCGGACUUCUGAUGGCUACCGGAUAGACCCUGCAAACCUGGGUCGCAGCCCCAUGCUCGCCCGCACGCGCAAGGAGCUCUGUGCGCUGCAGGGCCUCUACCAGGCGGCCAGCCGCUCGGAGUACCUGGUGGAUUACUUGGAGAACUACGGUCACAAGAGCAGCUCGCCACAGGUGCUCACACAGGCCUCUCCCUCACGAGUCCCUGAAGUCCUCAGUCCCACCUACCGACCCAGUGGCCGCUACACACUGUGGGAGAAGAGCAAGAGCCAGACGCCUGGGCCCAGCCGCUCCUGCUCUCCAGGGCGAGACACCAUGAAUUCUAAGAGUGCCCAGGGUCUGGCUGGUCUUCGAAACCUUGGGAACACGUGCUUCAUGAACUCGAUUCUGCAGUGUCUAAGCAACACACGGGAGCUGAGAGAUUAUUGCCUCCAGAGGCUCUACAUGCGGGACCUCAGCCACACCAGCAACGCACACACAGCCCUCAUGGAAGAGUUUGCAAAACUAAUUCAGACCAUAUGGACUUCAUCCCCCAAUGAUGUGGUGAGCCCAUCUGAGUUUAAGACCCAGAUCCAGAGAUAUGCACCACGCUUCGUUGGCUAUAAUCAGCAGGAUGCUCAGGAGUUCCUUCGCUUUCUUCUGGACGGGCUCCACAAUGAGGUGAACCGGGUCACCGUGAGGCCGAAGUCCAAUCCUGAGAACCUCGAUCACCUCCCUGAUGAUGAAAAAGGGCGGCAGAUGUGGAGAAAAUACCUAGAGCGGGAAGACAGCCGGAUUGGGGAUCUCUUUGUUGGGCAGCUGAAGAGCUCCCUGACGUGCACGGACUGUGGCUACUGUUCGACAGUCUUUGACCCCUUCUGGGACCUCUCACUGCCCAUUGCUAAGCGAGGCUAUCCUGAGGUGACAUUAAUGGACUGCAUGAGGCUCUUCACCAAAGAGGAUGUGCUCGAUGGCGAUGAGAAGCCGACCUGCUGUCGCUGCCGAGCCAGAAAACGAUGUAUAAAGAAGUUCUCCAUCCAGAGGUUCCCAAAGAUCUUGGUGCUCCACCUGAAACGAUUCUCAGAGUCCAGGCUACGAACCAGCAAGCUCACAACAUUUGUGAAUUUCCCACUACGAGACCUGGACUUGAGAGAAUUCGCCUCAGAAAACACCAACCAUGCUGUUUACAACCUGUAUGCUGUGUCCAAUCACUCGGGAACCACCAUGGGCGGCCACUACACAGCCUACUGCCGAAGCCCAGCGACAGGCGAAUGGCACACUUUCAAUGACUCCAGUGUCACACCAAUGUCCUCCAGCCAAGUGCGCACCAGCGACGCCUACUUGCUCUUCUAUGAACUGGCCAGUCCACCCUCCCGAAUGUAGCAGUGAGGCGCUGCUCCCCUCCCCCUCCCUGUGGUGGCCCCUUUUCUGUUUUUUAAAAAGACAAAAAAGAAAACCACAAAAAAAAAACCAACAUACACACACAAAAUCCUGACAAAUAAGAGAAAAUAAAUUAAAAUAAAGCUGCCGAGCAGGAGUUGAUGCAGCCUGGUCAAGGUCUGGAGCGAAAGGAGCCAGGUGCCCCGAGCCAGGCCUGGCAGGGAAGAUGGACUGGACACAGAGACUGGAGUCGGCACAGUUACUCCCUCGGCUUCUCUUGUUUGCAUUAAGCUUGUGGUUUUUUCCUGUGUGUCACAACAACAGUCUGUGGGGAGAGGAUCAUCAUCCACCUGCUGCCCUCUCCAGCCCCCACGCCUUCUGGGAAGACAGCGCCCUCUGGAGCCCGCGGGGAGCAUCGCUGCCUGGAUCGCAAGAUGGAGGACCCCAGUGUCUGCAUGUACCUGCUCAUCAGUCCACCCAUGAGCCAAGAGCCCUCGUUAGGCUGCUAAGUCCAGGGGCACAGAUUAGGGCACGUCUUUUGACAAAAGCUGGCUUGGGUUUUUAGAAGCCCAACUUUUUUCUUAAUUACUGUAACGAACGAACUGGAGAUGCUCGACUUCACACCUCUUCACAGCUGGGGCUGACUCGUUUUUCUUUUUAAUUCAAGUACAAUGCUGUUCAUGCUCGCCCCUGUGGUGGCUAGGUGGGUGUUGGCCAGGCCCAAACAUAGCCACAGUAGACCUGGGAUGGAAAAGUUCUUUGUUUUGGGGUGGUUUGGGAUUCUUUUUUUUUUUGCUUUUGUUUUUGUUAUUUUAAUGUUUUGGAUGGAAUCUAGUUGCCUCCAAGAAUUGUGCCUUAUAGCAUUUGGGGACCAGGGGGUAACUGCCCCUCCCUGAGAUAUCCCUCAGCCUCUCCCAUUUCCCCAGUGCCAUGUUUGAGCCUGUGGGCAAGGAGGGCCCUCCCCUCCGCCCCGGGCACUUUGUACAAUGCAGUGAGGUAAAGGGAAAUGGACAGAAGGAGAUUUCUUAAGAUAGUGUAUCAAGUUCUUCCUGCCCAACUCCUCGUCCUCCCCUGGUCUACUCCCCAGCACAAGCCCCAGUCCCCAGAGCUGCUCUCACCUUUAAUUUAUUCUCUUUAGUCCCCUCUCCCCUAGGCUCCCUGCCCGCCCCUUCUCAGAGCCGCCUAGACACAGGUCCUCUGGACUGAGUUUCUCAGGGAUGCCCGUGCCGCGCCUCACUCACGCUCCUCUUGGCAUUGGUCUUUAGUCCUUCCCUGGGAGCUGGAGCCUGGGGUCUGAGGACAUCUUGCCUCCAUCAUCUUUCCAUGGGCUUGCUAUUUUUUGCCCUGAGUCCUUAGAACUCCGUGCUGUCCCAGAGAGCAAAGCUGUCGGGCAUUAAGGCGUGGAGCACAGUGUGCUCCGCACAUCCCCACAGCCGGGCCUGGCUUGUGCCUUCACAGCCUGGAGGGCCCCUGCUCCCAGGCAGAGGCACCAGAGAAAGAUCCCUGAGUUUACCUGGCCUGACACCCUUCUCUAGGGAAGACCUGUGAACCUGAGCCCAAGGGCUGGUGUACACUUGUUUACUGUGUAAGCAAGGGUAGAAGAAUGUCUGAUGUACAGUGGAACCUUGUACAGAAUAAAUAGUAGCUUUG